AUGUCCUUUCUACCACAUGCAUUGCAGGAUGACUGUGACAGUGAUCGUGAAGUCAUCAGUAUGGACCUUAGCGAGUGUGAUCCAGAUGAAUUUCUGUGCAACAAUGAGCUGUUUGAUUUCUUGGAUAGUUUUAAGAUACUAAAUAAUGGUGAUGUUCAGUUUGUCUUGAAAGUUACAGAGCGGUUUUCACAUGCUUUAGUAAAUCACAAGAAAUCUGAAGAAGUCAGGAACACAAUGAUGCAUGAUGUUGGUAACAAACCUCCAUACCAGCAGUCAUAUGACCGGUCAAAAGAGCGACUAAACAAGAAUCCAGGAACAAAUUACCAACAAAACCUACAAACUGAUUCAAGCUCUAACAGAGGACCUGUUAAUGAACAGAGAUUGCACACUCAGUAUCCAUCAGAAUUUGGCAGAAAUUACAAUCAAAACAAUGAGCAGCCCAAUCCUCAAUAUCAAAGAGGACAUGUUACAGGGCCAAGACCAGCAGGGAGGCUGUCUACAACAACACAUGAUGAACUUGGAAAUUUUAAUCAAAGGAAAAAGGUUCCCGAUUCACAGUUUAAUGGGGGGCCUAUUAGGGAGUCAAUGCCUUUGUUACACACUGCCCGGCCACCUUCUUCACAUGAAGGUAUUUAG